AUGGCACCCAGCGCAAUCUCCUCUCCUCCCUCCCCCCAACCAGCUACCGCUACCACCUCCGAUAUCUCCAGCUAUAAGGGGUAUGACCACGUCCACUGGUACGUCGGCAACGCCAAAGUCACCGCUUCAUAUUAUGUCACACGCAUGGGCUUCAAGCGGGUUGCAUAUCGCGGCCUCGAAACCGGCAGCCGUGCCAUCUGCUCUCACGUCGUCCGCAACGGCGACAUCACCUUCGUCCUGACCUCUCCUCUCCGCUCCCUCGACCAAAUGGAACUCCUCACUCCUGAAGAGCAGAAGCAGCUCCGCGAGAUCCACGAGCACCUCGAACAGCACGGUGACGGCGUCAAGGACGUCUCCUUCGAAGUUGACUCCGUCGACGCAGUAUAUCAAGCCGCAGUGGCCAACGGUGCCAAGAUUGUGUCUGCGCCACGCAGCCUCGAAGAUAAGGACGGGUACGUUCGGGUUGCAACUAUCCAGACGUAUGGAGAGACUACCCACACCCUUCUGGAGCGCAAGUCAUAUUCUGGCGCGUUUCUGCCCGGGUAUCGUGUUGAGGAUGGGCCCGAGGACCCUAUCACCAAGUAUUUGCCCGGUGUAUAUUUGAACCGUGUCGACCACUGCGUCGGUAACCAAGACUGGGAUGAGAUGGACCGUGUCUGCCAAUAUUACGAGAAGGCCCUUGGCUUCCACCGUUUCUGGUCUGUCGACGACAAGGACAUCUGCACUGAAUACUCUGCACUCAAGUCCAUCGUCAUGGCCUCUCCUAACGAAGUCGUCAAGAUGCCCAUCAACGAGCCCGCCGUCGGCAAGAAGAAGUCCCAGAUCGAGGAAUAUGUGGACUACUACAACGGCGCCGGUGUGCAGCACAUUGCACUCCUGACCGACGACAUCAUCCGGGACAUCACCAACCUCAAGGCACGCGGAGUCGAAUUCAUCAAGGUCCCCGAUACGUAUUACGAGGACAUCAAGAUCCGUCUCAAGAAGACGGGCUUGGUCCUUCACGAGGACUUUGAAACCAUCCGCAACCUUGACAUUCUCAUCGAUUUCGACGAGGGCGGGUAUUUGCUCCAGCUUUUCACCAAGCACCUAAUGGACCGCCCAACCGUCUUCAUCGAAAUCAUCCAACGCCACAACUUCAGCGGCUUCGGUGCCGGCAACUUCAAGUCGCUGUUUGAGGCACUUGAGAGGGAACAGGCUCUGCGUGGUAACCUCGUCUGA